ACAACUGCAAAUAGUACACAAACAAUAUGGCGUCGAUCACGUCGGAAAACGACGAUUCCGACGACAAUUUAUCGGUUUCCUCGUCGUUGUCGGGGUCGAGCGGCUCGGGGGGCGCCAGCGCGCCCUCCAUAAGGGCCCCCUCGCCAGUGGCGAGCGGUUGGGGCCCCCGGGGGCGGCGCAAUCUCGUCCAAAACCUCCGCGAUCGACAGCUGUUCGGCCGCUUUGCCCGCAGCCCCAGGGCUCCCCUUGAGAGGACGCUUUGCAGGCCGCGCGAGUAUUCUCUGUUGUUGUUGGUUGGCCAGGCCAGUGCACUCGACCACACACUGAUGGGCUUCACGCAAUGCGGCCAGUACAUGCUCAGCUACACGACACGAAGUUGCAACGUCGCAUCCAGCCAUCCGAUCUACUCGCUCAGCUACGAGUACGAGCUCUACGUGUGGCUGUUCAGUCCGGGCGUGCCGCUGCGCCACGUUUCGAAACAUCGCAUCUUCGGGCACUUCAAGUCGUACUGCCCAUUGGAACGCAUCCUUUUCAUGCAGUUCCCCAACGACGCCACCAAGAUCGUCUGUUAUGGAAACGAAUCGGCGCCAUCCGAGUUCUUCCACGUCACGGUGCUGACGCUGCCCGCCAGCUGCGUGCACUGCGCCGACGCGCCGCUCAGCCCGCAAGAGGGCGCCAACGGCGGCUGGUGUCCCCGGCACGGCUUCCUCAUCCACUUCAUGUUCGCCAGCAGUCAGCUGGCGCCCCCUUUCGACCCGCACGUCUCGCUCGGCUACCCGCACCAUCUGGUGGUCAACACCGGGCACCACGUGCACAUCCUCAACAUCUCCACGGCGGGGCCGUUCCACUGCGCCAACUCGCUCACCCACUGGGUGAAGGAGGAGCCGCCCAAGCCCUCCUCCUCCGACCUCCUCGCCGGCUCGCUGGACGCCUUCAGCGAGAUCUCGGAGUCGGCGAGCUGCUCCAGUCUGGUGGACGCCAUCCUGGACGAUUUCAGCGAAUACGAUCUGGACGGCAGCGAGGCGGGCAAGCCGUUCCACGAGCUGAACAUCAGCUGCGAGCCGCUGAACGUCACCGGCAAGACGUACCACAACACGUUGGUGCAGAGCAUCCUGGACCCGCGCCUCAAGCGCCUCCAGGGGACGUCGCGCGACUACGUCUUCUCCGUGCCGCACGCCAGCCAGAAGCUGCCGCCCGAGAAGAGCAAGGUGGUGGACAAGAAGGUGGCGGAGAAGGCGUACGAGUUCACCGAGGAGACCGAGAAGUACGAGAAAAUCAGCCUGUUCCGCAAGAAGCGGCUGGCCGACAAAAAGUACGAGUUCUCCGAGGACAACACGGAGAACAUCGUGCCGUUCCACAUACUGCGCAGGGAGCGCACCUUCCUGGUGCGGCCCCAACUGAAGACGCCGCUCCGCUCGCCCGAGUCGUUCUUCCUCAGCCCGCGCUCUCCGAUGCAGAGUCCGAGCUCGCGCACCGGCCAGUUCUCGCCGUCAGUUCGGAGAUCGCCGAUCAGUCCCCGGGAGACCGCCCGCAAAGUGAACGUGUACUCGCCGAGUUUGGGCAGCGACUGUUCGGACGGCGACGGGCGGCUGGUGCUGCGGCCUGCGCUGACCAGCGGCCAUUUCAGUGUGGACGCGUCGCAAACGGGGCUGCUGAUCGUCGACCCCAAAGUGGAGGCCUCCAAGUGGAUCAAGAAGGUGGUGCGCCGGUUCUCCAACGGCGAUUUCGAGAAUAGUUCGCUGCUGUCGGGCCAGAGUCGCGGUAAGUGGGGGGGGCGGCUCGACUGCGAGUGAGCGCCCGUCGGUUUUGGCCGCAGAUUCGGGUUUUUGGGGCGAUUUUAGCUGAAAAUGAG